CACUUCUAAUUUUAAUCGGCUUUCUCUCUCCUGUCUCCUGCCGAAACCCCAAAAGCCCACCACCCAAUCGCCGGCGAGCGCCUCGAGCCCACCGCCAUUCCAACCACGCCGCCCCACGAGCUUUCUUCCCAUCGCCGGCGGCCAACCCCAAUUACCCCAACACGGAGGUGGAAGCGAGAGGACGUGGAAGGGGAUGAGAUAUGGUACGGAGAUUUGCGCGCAGAGAGGCGCCGCGGGGGCCGCGUUACGCACGAGAUCAGGCGGCGGCGGCGGAGGCGGAGGCGGAGCCUUGCGGACGCAGGGGACAAAGCUCAAGCGCCUAGCCACACGACGCCGCCUGGAGGGUUAGCAUGAGUUGUGUCUAGUUUGAUAUUCCUCCAUGCUGGCGGUCAUGCAUGGCACAGUGGCUCGCCCGUCUUCUCCUCCACCUUUGGUGCCUGGGGUUGGCCGGGAAGUUAUUCUGGAGCUUGGCCUCAGUGGUGCUGCUAUCUCCACUAUUCAGCUAAGAAGGAUUUUCUUGAGGGGGUUCCUCCUCAGCUCCUCGCAUGCAGAGGUCGAGCGUGCUGCACGCCUGCACCGCCUCAGCUGCACCACAGCACCAGCCAUGUCUGCUGCCCCGCUCGACACUCUUGCAACCUCCGGAUGGAAUCAAACAUUUGCAUGCAGACUUGGAGAGACGAAUAUAUGCUUAAUGUUGAGGUCUAGGUUUAUGAAGCCUGGAAUCAAACGUUUGCAUAGACUCCAGGAAAGGAAUACUGGGUCUUGACGCUGCAGUUUAAUUAUGGCAAAAAUCAUGCCAUGCUUCAUGCAAUUUCGAAUAUGUGACAGUAUUGGUGUCAAAGUUUGAGGAAAGAAUAUGAUACGGCCUCCACGAUGAAGUUCGGGGCCUUAUUUAGUUGCUGAACCAAAACCUACAUGUACGCAUACUUUGCCAUCAGCCAUGAAAAACACUAAUAGUACUAGCCAUGGCGCAGAGGAAACAAAAAUACCUAUCCAAGAGUGGAUGAGGGUGAGGACUGAGAAUCUGGAGGCCGAUUUCUCUAGGAUUGGAACCAAGAUCCAUAGGUUCCCCCAGGGCCUGCGGUGGAUCAGCGGGCAAGGCGACCGCUACAUUGUCCCGAGUGUGGUGGCGCUCGGUCCUUACCACCAUGGCCUGGCACAUCUGGAAAAAAAUGGAGGAGGUGAAGCCCGCGGCGGCGCACUACUUCUGCUUGAAGUCGGGCCACUUGACGGAGGAGGUCUACGGCAAAAUCGUCUCCAUAGCCGGUGAAGCCCGUGGCUGCUAUGCCAAUGGAGAUGCUGAUGUUGCUUGUUUCAGCGAUGCCGAGUUUGCGACAAUGAUGUUCCUGGACGGUUGCUUCCUCUUGCAGUACAUGAGUGGUGUUCUUAAUCGGGAGGAAUCUGCUCUAUUACUGAAUUGGAUAACCUUGUCCACCUGGCCAUGCAUGCGCAGGGACAUCUUUCUGCUGGAGAACCAACUACCUUGGCUGGUGCCAGAGGCUCUCAUGACCUUUACAUAUGUUCCUAUAUAUGACUUUAUUUUCAGCAUAUCGUUUGAUUUUUAUGCCAGCUUAGUUUCAGAGUUGAGGCUCUCUAAAGAUGAAUUCCAGAUGUAUAGGCCGCCACAUCUCCUUGGGUUGUUCCGAUACUAUCAGAUAGGUGCCAUGCCACCUGAAGAUCAGAGCUCCGUGAAAAGAAAAUACUUAGCGCUAGCAAGUAGUGCGAUCGAUCUCGCAGAAAUCGGCAUCAAGGUGACGGCCAGCAAGAAGAGAUGGUUUGCGGACAUGAGCAUCCAGAAAGGUUCCCUCACCGGUGAGCUUUCCCUGACGCCAUUGUUCCUGAACGGCCACACCGCCUCCUGGCUCGUCAACAUGGCAGCAUUCGAGGCGUGCACGUCCACCAGAGGCCAGGAAUUCGAUGGCUUUGUUGUCAGCUCUUACGUCUCCCUCCUGGCGAUGCUCAUGGGCAAGGAGGAGGAUGUGCACGAGCUACGAGCUAAGCACCUCCUGCGAAGCUUCUUCAGCGACGAGGAGAUACUUCACUUCUUCAAGGGCCUCACUCACCACAUGCGUGUUGGCCACCGAUACAGAGACACCUUGGACAAGAUUUCUUAUUACAGGCGCAAGAGGCCUGUGAGGACCGCGGUGCAUAAGUUCCUCUACAACAACUUCAAGACCUUUGUCACCUUGCUCUCCAUUGCCGGCGUGCUCGUGGGCAUCUUCAAAACCCUCCUCAGUCUCAAGCAACGUUAAUCAACACUGGUAUAUAUUCCAGGUUUCGUGUUUGUGUCAUGCUUUGCUUGUGAUGUGGUGUUGUGUCAUGUUCUUUUCCCUCCAUGAAACCAAAAAUGUAGAUCCUGUUAUGCUUUUGUUUGUGGGUACACCGUUGAUUAUAUAUCUCUGUGUGGUGUGCGGCAACUAGUUGCUACUCCAUAGUGGUAUAACUUACUUCGUGGAGCAUACUAUUUGGAAGCUUCGGAAUGAUGCUUGUUUUGGUUCUAAUAAUGAAUGUGUCUUGCAUGUGUUUCUA